AAAAGUAAACUGCAGUGGAUUGCUCUUCCUGGACCGAACAGUAGGGGCGUGGGAAGCUUUCAGAUGUCACAGGGUUGUCGAUAACAUUUGAACAUAUGAUUAGCUUUCGUGAGCUGUCUUUAGAAACCUUACAUUUCUUCCCCCCCGCACCUUAGCCAGAGAUCCUUCCCUUGAGGUUUCGGGCCACUUAAAAUGUUGCUUUGACAAAAAUCAAGGAUGUGGAGAAGUUUUUCCUGUGUGAUGUCACUUUGCUGCCCUUUAUAAGACUCUGCAGAAAAGAAGGGAACUUAUCUGAGGGUUCACUCUCCAAACACAGGUGACCAGGAGCAAGCAAGAAGCACAGACUCACAUCAAGUUGCAGAUACCGACCAACUGCAAGGAAGGGUGAGCCAUGCCACAGAGCAGUGCUUACUACCUGCUGCUGGUACUCUGUAGCCUGAAGGCUACCCUCGCCUUUCCCAACUCCUCUCCACUGCUGAAUCCCAGUUGGGGGAAUGAAGAUCGCCUGAUGCACCUCUACACAGAUACAGAGAGGAACAGCUUCCAUCUCCAAAUCAAUGCUGAUGGCUAUGUUGAUGGUGCUCCUCACCAAACCAUUUACAGUGCCCUAAUGAUCAAGUCCGAGGGUGCUGGCUCGGUGAUAAUCACAGGCGUGAAGAGUGGACGCUACCUGUGUAUGGACAUGAGAGGAAACAUUUUUGGUUCGCAUUACUUCAGUCAAGACGACUGUGUGUUCAACCACAAGACGCUGGAAAAUGGAUACGAUGUGUACCAAUCUCCCAAACACAACUUCCUGGUUAGCUUAGGCAGAGUUAAACAAGCUUUUCUCCCUGGUGUGAAUCCACCACCAUACUCCCAGUUUUUAUCCAGGAGGAAUGAAAUCCCUCUGUUUCGAUUCAACACACCUGAACCCCACAGAAACACUAGAAGCGCAGAUAUCGACCCAAUGGAUCCUCAUCAGAUCCUGGUCCCACAGAGAAAGACCUCUCUGUUUGGAUCUCAGCUGCAGCAGCAAACAGACUUUUCCCAUGUGCCCAAAGAACCCAUGAGAAUCAACCAGAACGACGUGGUCAACCCAGAUGACCCUCAUGCUAUGAUGGAUGCCAGGAGGUACGCAAGUCCUCGCUUCUAUAUUACAAAAUAACUGUGGUCCCACUGCUUGCAAACUGAAGACACGGGCAAAUAUAAUAGGCAAAAGGAACUGUCUGGCAUAUUCAGUCUGAAUGUUGAAAUGGCUACUGGAAAUCCUGGGAAGAAAUCCUUAAUUUUAAAUUUUGUACCUAUAAAUGACAGUUUCUGGAAAAAACGAGUUGGUCAUUUUCCAGAUGGGGAUGUGCUUUACUGGAAAGAAGAUAAAUUUUUUAAAAGAAGAAUACAAACCAAACAUUUUAGGGUCUGAAUCACCACCGUAAGCAUGCAUCAGCAAAAACGCUAAUUCACCUGAAUGAAACAAGAAACCAAUGUUAUGUUUCUGAUGUAACUGGGAAAAGCCCUGGAGCAUCUGAGAUGCCAACAAAGACAGGGAAUCCCUUACUAGCACCAUCCCUGGCUGUGCAAGCACAGCAGACAAACUGUUAUAUUAUUAUAUAAAAAUUACUAUUUAUGUUUUUCACUGCUAAGUUGGCUCUUCAGUCUCUUUUUAUGCCCAUAUGAGUAAAAAAGUGACCACUCUGCUGUCAUAGGAGCAGCACACAUGGAAAACUGGAGUAACUGACAGGAAAACAGGACAGGAUCAAAUGGCCUGGUGUAGAAAGAGUAAUUUCUGACACUUACUGAAUCCAAGCUGAGGUCUGAGAAAAAGAGUCUUACUGUCUCGCUAGUGCUUCUCUAUCAUACUUCUAUAUUGACUGAGUUCUACCAUCAUAAUAUGGAAACAUAAUGUAGAAACAUUAGUUUUGCAUAUUUCCAAGCCAGAGAGAAGUUCCAGGAUCGCUACAAAACCUAAUUGAUGUAAGGUCUUAGGAACACAGGACAAGUCAAAUGAUGAGGAUUAGACCAAGGGCUCUGACUCGCAUUUUGAUGUUUUCUCCCUCUGAACUCAUUAUAGUUUUGAUUGGUCUCAAAAGGAAAGGAGUGAUUCUAAUGAAUUUAGGAGAAUUUCGGGACAGGCAGAUAGCUGCAUACUUUCUUGCUUACCCAAAUUAAAGCAAGACUUUUUACCUUGCUGUCUACACAGUGGAGAGGUAUGAUUUCUUUUAUAUAUUCUAGUUUAUUAAUUCAACUUGAUUCCUGUACUAUUCUUCUUGGCUUUUGCUUCUUGAGAACUCUGGACUGCAAUUACACAAGCAAAGUUUUCAUUUUGCUUAAACUGCCAUAAGUAAGUCCACAGAGCUCUCCAGGAUCCAAGUCAACAGACCUACAGCAACUUGAAUUGUGAAAAGUUCUUUCUUGAUCUAUACCAAACUUCGAUGAGAAAUGUUGAUGGGGUUAAAUCUCUGUACCAACUCUAUAGUCUAUAUAUUCUCUAUAUAUUCUGUACAUUAGAACAAAGGAAGAAGGAUUGCUUACUCCAUGAGGAGUUGGGGGAUUUAGUCCCUAAGCUAAGAGUGAAUUCACAGUGGAUUUUGCAUCAAAAAACAUAUUUGCAACUAUAGAGAACUGUAUAGAAAUGCUGAAAGAAUCAAAGGAGAUGCUGGCAAUCACCAGCUAUAAGAAAGCCUUAUUUAUAUUGCAAUAUUUAUUUAUUUAUUUGAGUGGGCCUUAAGCCCCACAAAAUAUUUAUAAAUAUUUAUAACAAUGUAUUAUAGAGAUUAUUUCCUUUUAUAAAUGUACCAAUAAACUUUUCCUUCUCUCCAAA